AUGCCAUCCGACCAGCAGGUCAAAGCAGCUCUGGCUCUCAUCAAGGACGAUCAGUCCAAGGUGCUGGGCCUUAAUGUGGGCAACCACAAGAACGUCCAGCCAGGCCAGUAUGUUCCUCGCGCAGACGCCCAAUCUCCUCCGGAGCUUGCCUUCGCUGGCCUCGACUCGAGCAAGACAUAUCUCGUCGUGAGCCUCGACAUUGAUGCUCCCUUCCCAUCCUUUGAUGUUCUCGGACCCAUCCUGCAUUGGAUCCAGCCUGGUGUGAAGGUCACUGAGUCCGGCACCCUUGACACUACUGCUCCCUUCGUCGCCAACUACAUCGGCCCUGCACCACCUCCCGGUAGCUCGCCUCACCGCUACAUCUUCUUCCUGUACGAAGAGCCUGCUGGUUUCGAUGCGAAAGCCCAUGCUCCUCCCAACGGCCAGAAGCUGAGCAACUGGAAUCGCAUGCGCUACGACCUUGAUGCGUGGGCCAAGAAGAUCAACCUCGGCCCUGUUGUGGCCUUCAAUUACUUCACCAGCAACUAG